UCCCAAAAACAGAUUCGGACAAUCUUCCAAACUUAUAUUAAUUUCCUUCUCCUUCUUCCUCUGUCUGUGCCACAGAUCUUCCCUUUCCUUCAAUCUACGCUUCUUCUUCUUCUUUCUUUUUAUCUUUUUGUCAGACAAAAAAAAAAUCAUAAAUCAAAACUUGUUUUUGUUUAUUACCAAAGAGAGUGUGAAAAGAACUUGUAGAUUGUCUCUCAUGUGCUCAUCUUCUUGUUCCUCGCUGUCUUCGUUUCUCGAGCUUUCCAGCAUCAGAUAAAAAGCAUCGUAGAACGGAAUUAAAAACAAAAGAAAAAAAAUCCCCCACAUGCAGCUUCAAGACUAAAUCCAAAAAAACCAAAGAGAGCAAAAUGGAAUCGCUAAUAGAAGACGAAGAAUCUCGAUUUUUCGACGCACACGAAGACAUGGCGUCCUGUUCUUCCACUGCAAUCGCGUACAACGACGUCGCAUCAUCUCCACCGUCGUCCAUCUCCGCCUACGACGUUUGGAUCAAGAGUCCAGGAAACGCCGAGGAGCGUCGAGAGAAGUUCUUGCACUGGAUGGGAGUCGUCAAUGCAGAGGAGGAACCACCUCAAUCAGACAAUGUGGAUCGUUUCAGUGAAGCAGCAGCAACCACCACAACGGUUUUGAGAUCCGAAGACGAGUUUAGCUCUUGUCGUUGUGAUUCCUCUGUCUCUAGUCCGAGUCAGAAUGUAGUAGAUAGGGUUGUGAAGGAAGUAGAUGUUGAGGAGUUCAGUGAUGAUGAUGAUGAUGAUGAUAUUAGCUCUAGCCUUUGUUCAACAGAUAAGAUUGUGAAGGUGAACGGCGAAGAGAGCGAACAAAAGUCGAUAAACGUGAUGAUCUCAGCUUCAGAACAGCGUGAUAUCGGUGGGAUCAUGAAGAGGGUAAAGGAGAAAUGGCUGAGCCGGCUGCAUAAAUCAACGCGUAGCAAGGAGAAAACAGAGGAACAUUCUGGAGAAGCUUCGGUUUCAGGGAGUAGUAGUAGUAGUAGGAUCGAGAGAGUCAAAGUGAAGGAGUACAAGAAAGAGGCCAAGGAGCUCUCCGCUCUUUUCAAGGGCCAAGAGAUACAAGCUCACCGAGGAGCCAUCCUCGCUAUGAAGUUCAGUCCCGACGGGAGGUACUUGGCGAGCGCGGGGGAAGACAGGGUUUUGCGGGUUUGGGGGGUUGUCGAAGACGAGAGAUGCGAAGAGCACGACGUUCCCAAGAUGGAUCCCGCUUGUAUCUACUUUGAAGUGAGCAAUCUAUCUGAGUUGAGACCUGUGGCUGUGGAGAAAGAUGGUGUUAGUGGGUCGUUGAUGAGUCCGAGGAAGUCAACUACGGAGUCAGCUUGUGUUAUCAUUCCUCCGAAGAUUUUUCGUGUGGUUGAUAAACCUGUGCAUGAGUUUCUCGGUCACGGUGGUGAUAUCCUUGACGUAUCAUGGUCCAAGAACAAUCGUCUCUUGUCAGCUUCAGCAGACAAUAGCGUUCGGCUUUGGCAGAUUGGUCGUGAGGAUUGUCUUGGAAUCUACUCGCACAGUAACUAUGUUACAUCUGUUCAGUUCAACCCGGUUGAUGAUGAUCACUUCAUCACCGGUUCGAUAGAUGGAAAAGUUCGUAUCUGGUCAGCUUCUCACUGCCAAGUUGUAGAUUGGGCCGAUGCUAGGGGCAUUGUAACCGCAGUUUGUUAUCGCCCAGACGGGCAGGCAGUAAUUGCCGGAACUUUGACGAGCGAGUGUCGCUUCUACAAUGUAACAGGCCAUUGCCUUCAACUCGAUGGUCAUAUAUGUCUGCACAGCAAAAAGAAAUCAUCAAAUAAACGAAUAAUCAGCUUUCAGUUUGAUUCCACUGAUCCAAGCCGAGUCAUGGUAGCAUCCGCAGAUUCGCAAGUCAGGAUCAUUAGCGGUCGCAACGUUGUCCAUAAAUACAAAGGAUCUCGAAACGCGGGAAACCAGAUCUCGGCGUCUUUCACCGGAGACGGGAAGCAUAUCAUCUCCGCCUGCGACGACUCCUCCGUCUACGUCUGGAACUGCGUCGCGCACGAUCCCGAGCCCCCGUCUCCCGGUUUCUUCUCCCACACGAAACGGAUUAAGAUCCGAUCCUUCGAGCGAUUCUCCGCGGACGUCUCGGUCGCGAUCCCGUGGCGCGGCUUCUCCUCGCCCGCGAUCUCCGCCGGCGGCGGAUCGGAGCUGUCUCCGUCGCUGUUCUCGCUGGGGAGAGAGUACGUUCUCGAUUCUCCGAAAGGAGCCGCGACCUGGCCGGAGGAGAAGCUGGCGAGCUCUUUUUCUCCGGUGAAGGCGAUCCGGAGAUCGCACUACAGAUUCCUCCGGUCGUCGUGCAGGAGAACGGCGGAGUCGUCUCAUCUCUGGGGGUUGGUUAUCGUCACAGGCGGGUGGGACGGACGGAUCAGAUUGUUUCAUAACUACGGUUUACCGGUUCCCGUUUGAAAAUCCAACGGCUACGGUUCGUUUCCUUUUCAAACGUCGCCGUUUUACAUACAUACUCCGCAACCAGGUGGUGGUGAAGCCAGUUUGAUUUUACACGUGGCGGUGUUUAGGAGUGUAUGGGCCUAAACUCGGUGGCCCGUUUUUUGACCCGGUGGUGUGUAGCUGGGUCUCACCAGGUCGGAGCUGAAGCCUUCAGAGUUCAGAGAGGAACUCAGAUUUUUGCCUUUUUAAUCGUAAAAGUUUUUAUUAGUAUAAAUAUAAUUUGCCUUUUUGUAAGUAAUAAUAUAUAGGGAACUGUAACUGAGGCCUGUUUUUUUCAUGUAAAUACCAUGGUUUUCUCUCCA